GCCCUGACUGGUUAUUGCGUUGUGGCGGCUUUUUGACUUUCUAUCAAUUACAAAAACAAGAGGGUCACGACAACAACUCCUCAACCAAAUGGUCGAUUUUUUCUUCACUUGUAGUUGUCGGAAGUAGCUACAGCAACAGGCUGCGUUGUUUUGCUUGGAAAAUCAAAAAUACUGCCACCUAGCUGCAGUGCUGGAAUCGGGCGCACUUGAUUCAGGUCAGCCAUCGGACCGGGUAGGCAGAGUGAUCCAUUGCAUUGGACCAAGGUCUACAUUUCACCAAGCACCGACGAGCGUCGGGGAAGCAAAAUCAAGUGCAUCGCUUGUCUGGCUGUGCUCAGUCCACGUAGAGCCUGCGGGUUGUACUGAUGAAUCGAUGCCAUGGCCCGUGUGUAGAGUGGACUAACUGGCAACAACAAAGUAACGUUACUGUCAUUUGGAAAGUAAAACAAUGUUCAAUUACUCUGUACAGUCAUGUGUUUAUAUGCAUCGCUUGAUAGCUAAGCUAGCUAGCCAACGUUACGGUAUUUAGACGCAGCUUUGUAUAGCAGUUAACAGGACCGGUCACACUUUGCUUAGCUAACGUCAGUUAGCUAGCUAGUUCACCUGCUUUUGCCGCUGUUCGUCAGUAGCUUUCAGCACAUUGUUCCUGUUUGAAGACGGGUGCCUCUGCAAGUAGUUCCUGUGGGGAAGGGUGAAGCAGCACCAUGGCUUGCCCUGUCCAGUUCCUAUGCCGGGCUGUCCGCACUGUGGGCCUGGUCCUCGUUUACUAUGUCUUCUCCAUCGGCAUCACCUUUUAUAACAAGUGGCUGAUGAAGGGCUUCCACUACCCACUGUUCAUGACGCUGCUCCACCUCACCAUAAUAUUCUGUCUCUCUACCCUGACCCGCUCGGCCAUGCAAUGCUGGACAGGGAAGCCUCGGGUCAUGUUGAACUGGACAGACUACCUCACAAAGGUUGCCCCAGUCGCCAUUGCAACAGCGCUGGACAUUGGACUCUCCAAUUGGAGCUUCCUCUUCAUCACCAUCAGCUUGUACACAAUGACCAAGUCUUCUGCAGUGCUCUUCAUCCUCUUCUUCUCAUUGGUUUUUAAACUAGAGCAUCCGAACCCAUACCUGAUCGUGGUGGUCCUUCUGAUAGCCAGCGGCCUGUUCAUGUUCACCUUCAAGUCGACCCAGUUCAACCUGAAGGGCUUCAUCAUGGUACUGCUUGCAUCGUUCAUCGGUGGGAUCCGGUGGACCCUCACGCAGGUCCUGAUGCAGAAAGCAGAGCUGGGGCUCCAGAACCCAAUAGACACCAUGUACCAUCUACAGCCGCUCAUGUUCAUGGGACUCUUCCCGCUCUUCCUCUUCAACGAAGGGCUGAGCCUAAGUACCUCAGAGAAGCUGUUCCGUGUGAAUGAGCUCUCUCCCCUGCUCUACACUCUGUUCAUGCUGAGUAUAGGCGGAUCACUGGCCUUUGGCCUGGGCUUCUCUGAGUUCCUGCUAGUCUCAAAGACCUCCAGUCUCACUUUAUCCAUAGCAGGGAUCUUUAAGGAGGCGUGUACUCUGCUGCUGGCAGCAGGCCUGAUGGGGGACAGGAUGAGUGGACUCAACUUGAUGGGGUUCGCUGUCUGUGUUUCUGGCAUCUCCCUGCAUGUGGGGCUGAAGACCUACUAUUCCAAAAGUAAAAUUCACUCGUUGAGACAGCUGCCCGUUAAAAACAGCCAAGACCUGGAAGUACCACUAUUAUGUCAUAAGGAAGAUGAGGGGGAGGAGACAGCUGCUGCUGAUGAUGAUGAUGAUGAUAAUAAAGAGCAGGAGAUUCUACUCUGAAUCAAACAAGAUGGCUGACUGACUGUCUUGUUCCAGAGAGGCAAAGAGAAGGGAUCACUGCCUCAACCUCCCUUUCCAACCAAAGUGCAGGAGUUGAGAAGGAUAUUCUGGAACACUUGGAGGACAAAUGGAAUUAAAUAAAAAAGUGUAUUUAUUGCAACGUAUUUUGGCUUUUGGCCUUCUUCAGAGAGGCCACAGAGGAACAGAAAGGAAGGCUUCCAACCCUCCUCUACAGACAACAUUCUCUUCAGCAUUUGUCCAAAAUCGCUGAGCAUUACCGACAGUAACACGGACGGACACACUAAACUCUAUCAAAUGCAUUUACUGUUGCCUUUUCAGGGCCUUCAGUGAUGUGAAAGAAAAGUGUUUACCUUAUAAUGUGAAAUGACCAAACCAUAUGUGCCAUUAUAAUGAUAAAUGUUUCUAGAAAUGGGGGACCACUUGCCUAAACAUCAGACGGUUACCAUGGUUACUCCAUGAUUGUCAGUCUGACCGAAGUCGCCCUAAAAAAAUAAACAAUAUUCUCUAUAAGCCAAAAUGUUGAAUACAAUUAUAUUUACACAUAAUUUACUGCUUGUACGUGCUGUUGGUCCUUCUGGCGGUAGGUGGAGCUAGGGUAUCCACAGCAAAGUGUUGUUUACCUGACUUUUUGCGGUGCCAGUAGGUUCUGUCGCUUGUAUUUUCAAUCUCUUGACUCAUUGCACGUGCUGGACAAUAUGUAAACAAUAGCUGUUUGCCAUUCGGUGUGUGGUUUGGCUCGGCCAUAUCGGGCAAGUGUUCGUCACGUGCAAAUUGCAUCAGUUUUGAAAAUAAAACCAGGAUAUACAAACCACUGUACUAAAGGCCGUGUUGAUAAUACUUCCCUGUGGAUAUUUUGUAUUCAAUUACGUCCGACAUAGGGACAACAUUUUCUGAAAUGCUCACCCUCCAUGUUAGAGACGAGUGUGUAAAUAUUUCAUCUUAGUAACUUACAGUUGAGAGCACACAUUUUCAUACUGGUCCCCCGUGGGAAUUGAACCCUCAACCCUGUUGUUGCAAGUGUCAUGCUCUGCCAACUGAGCUACACAUGACUCCACAUUGUCAAAUGCUAAUUAAAUUAGAUUAUUUGAGUUAAAGCAAUUUCUAAACAAUGAGGUUGUCAUUUGUUUAUAUUGAAUUGGGUAAGCACAGAGCUUUUGUUGCUGCUACUAUGUACUGUAUGUUCUUAAAUAAAACAUUUGCACAAUUA